AAUGUGAUGUAAAUCUUUAAAUCACAAGUGACUCAUUUUGUCUGCCAUCCCAGGAGCAGUGGUGCUCAUAAAGAAUUAGGUGCCCACUUGAAUUAAAGCAUUUCAUGAGCAAAAGUCACUACAGUGUGUAGCCGCUCAAACUAAAAGCCCAUCCCCGUGUUUGUUCUCCCUGACAUUGUCUGUAAUGAAAGGAUUAGCGAAAACUCUCAGUACACGCCAUUAUCUUUCAAACAAUAGAUUUUUUUGAAAGAAAGUUUUGUCGGGGCUUCAUUAGCAAUGGCCUCCCUCUGUGGUCUGAAUGCAGGACACAUUUGGAGCAAUUACUUGACCAGAAAACAACUGUCAGUCAUUCUUAAAGGGGAAGGAUUCCAAUUAAUAAACCUCUUCAACCCUUUGGUUUUACUGCCAUUUGCCCCCUGAUGAUUUGGUGUCUUGUGCGGCAGAGGAGAGUUUUUCCAGCAGAGGACAACAUUACAUUACACACACGUCCAAGAGUAGGUCCUUUGCUCACUUGUCUGCAGGGGAUUUCAGGGAUUUAAAUGGGAGUGCCUACAGUAGAUGUUGGUGUCAUUAGUCUACUUAUGGACUCGGGGGACACCAUGUGCGUUGCAUAGUCUAUAGUAGGAACCUGGAGGAAGAAAAGCAACUUUGCUCUCCAGUUGUGAAGAAAAUACGUUGAACUUUACGGAACUUUUUCCCUGAAUGAUAUAUCCCUCAUGCUUCACAUACAUCUACUCUACUCAACAUAAAGAGCUCAACGGUUGCUUGGCCUCGUCUCACUUGGCAGCCAUUUCAUUUUCAUUCAAGGAAGAGCAAGAGUUUUUUAACAAGAAGAUCGGAUGCAUUUGUCAAUGGAUACCCUGGGAAUGGUGGACGAUAAUUGCCUAGACAACUAUGACAUUGCAAAAGGUGCCGGGUCAAGCACUGGAGGCCGGGUCCACAGUAUUGAUGUCAUACUCGGAUUCACUAAAGACCAGGACCCUUUACUGCAUUCAAUAGGAGUUGGCGAUAGCCAAAAAGACAGUGAAGAAAACCCACAGCGUCCUGAGACGCAGGUCCCGCUGGAUCCAUAUGGAAACCAUCCAGAACUGGGCGACAGCUCCCAACAUUCGUCCUACCAUGAAUCAGAACUUUUCUCAGGCGACAAGUGUGACGAAAAAAUGGGCGACCUGCAGGAGAACGUGGACGUCGAUGAUGGUUCUCCAGAGAGCAUGAAAGAGGAACAGUAUAGUAAAAAGAAACACAGGAGAAAUCGCACCACUUUCACCACCUACCAGCUCCAUGAGCUGGAGCGGGCCUUCGAGAAGUCUCAUUACCCAGACGUCUACAGCCGAGAGGAGUUGGCAAUGAAGGUCAACUUGCCCGAGGUUCGAGUUCAGGUGUGGUUCCAGAACCGAAGAGCCAAGUGGAGACGUCAAGAAAAGAUGGACACUAGCACCAUGAAACUCCAUGAUUCCCCUGUGUUAUCUUUCAGUCGCCCCCCAAUGCCUCCCAACUCUGGUCAAGUGGCAAACCCGAUGCCCCUAGACCCUUGGUUGACCUCGCCCAUUUCUAGUGCCACACCUAUGCAUACCAUCCCAGGGUUCAUGGGCUCACCACAGGGUUUGCAGCCUGCCUAUCCAAGCCACAGCUUCCUCAAUACUCCAGCUGGCAUGGUCCAAGGUAUGCAGACCAUGGGCCCGACUCCUUACCAGUGUGCACCCAGCUACAGCGAUAAAUACCCAAUGGAAGACGACAGGAGUUCCAGCAUUGCAGCACUCAGGAUGAAGGCCAAAGAGCACCUUCAUUCAAUGGAUAAAACCUGGCAGCACAUGUGAGCUCAUCUGUGAGGAACCACGGACACAUGGUUGAGUUUCAUCGCUCAAUGUUUACAGACUGAUUUUCUCGUGUUUGUAAAAGACACAUGCUACCAAAGGAGUUUGACUGUCUGCUGUUUUUCACUGAUGCUAAUGCUGCGUUCCAUUUACAUCGGAACUCAGAACUGGGAGAACCCCGUGUUCCAGUUAAGAAGCAAGAAAAUGUAUCUCGGGUUAGCCAUUUUUAGCAAUACCAGUCGAUAACGAUGCUCCACAUGGUUUUAGCGCAUACACACAUUCAUUUAUUCACCGUCUAUCCUCCAAUCCCAGUUGACAUAGGGUGAAAGGCGGGGUACACCGUGGACAGGUUGCCAGCCCAUUCACUCUCAGUGUCCCAUUAAACUCAGCAUGUUUGUGGACUACGGGAUGAAGCUGGAGAACCUGGAGAAAGGUCACGCACACACGGAGAGAACAUGCAAACUCCAUGCAGAAGUUUGCGUGUUGCAUGCCUUCUUUUUGCUGCAAAGGCAACAGCGAUUAACCGGUGCACCACUUCACCACCCGUGUGCACAUAGCAACAUGUCUGUGGUAAAACAGAAAACAGUGCGAUGUGUACAAAUAAUUUACUGCAAAACAAAUACGACAGAAGUAACAGAAACAGUUGCAGUGUUUCUUUGGUGGCAGCCCCCUUGGAAUCCCAUGUUGAGGUUGGUGUGGAUACUCCCAGUUUCCGAGUUGUAAAUUCCGAGUUCCGACGGUAAAUGGAACGUACCAUAAUAAGUGACUCUCACGUUGGACUUGAGUUUUUUUUUACAUUAAACAUGACCCAUCUUUGGUUUAAAUCUCAUUGAUAUUGGUUGAGCUUCAGCAUGAAUGUUUCGACGUUUGAAAUUCAGUUUUACGUACACUUUUCAACAAGUACACACCUUAGUCUUAAUGUCUU